GUAAAACGGACUUUGUCUGUUUCCACUCGACUCUGUGGAGUUUUAUACCGAUCACUUUUUGCAAAGACAGCAAAGCCUUUAUGUUCAAUGUGAAUACUCUAGCUCCGUAGUUUAGACAGUAAUGUGUUUGUACACGUUCAGAUUGGGGCAUGACGUUUCCUAAUAAUGGAAAGACGUUAAAGACUCGUGUUUUCAUGUUGGCAUUUACGCUAGCAAGCUAACACUAGUCGGUCUAUUAAGUUUAUCAAAGUGUUACCAAUUAUGAGUUUUUGAUUUAACACGGUUAUACUAUCAGUCGGGAGUUAAACAUCGAUUAUCAUAGUGUUUAUGUGAAUGUAGUACAAACGCCCGCAGCUGCUAAAAGUUGAAAUCGACGCAAAAUAGUUACUGCACGUUCAGUAAUUGACGUAUCGUAUAUCGGCGACUUUAAUUUACAGGGUUAGGAAGAGUUAAACAUGCCCAGUUGUGCAGCCUGGGGCUGCUUCACUCGCCAGAAAAGUGGGAAGCAUAUGCAUCGUUUUCCCCGCGACCCGGUAAGGAGAAAAGUAUGGGAAGUAAAGGUGCGCCGGGACGGCUGGAGACCCAAUAACUACAGCCUCUUGUGCGAGGAUCAUUUUGAUGAGACACAAUACGAGCAACGUAGAGCUGAUGGCCUGAAGAAGUUGAAACCAAAUGCUGUGCCAACACUGUUCGCAUUCACUACAAAGAUUGUGAAGCCUCGAAGACUUCUGAAGAGAAACAGAGUGGAUGCAUCACCACCUCCUCCGUCAAAGAGGAUACGAAUGGAACACUCAUAUUAUCAGCAAUCUCUUCUUACUGGCACUCGAGAGAAGCCAAUUCAUCUUAGUGAAGAUGGCAUUCAGGAGAAGCCAAUUCAUCGUAGUGAAGAUGAGAAGCCAAUUUAUCGUAGGAAAAAUGGCAUUCGGAAGAAGCCAAUUCAUCUUAGUGAAGAUGGUACUCGGGAGAAACAAAUUUAUCAUAGAGAAAAUGGUACUUGGGAGAAGCCAAUUCAACGCAGUGAAGAUGAUAAUCGGGAGAAGCUAAUUCACCGUAGUGAAGAUGGUUCUCUGGAGAAGCUAAUUCACCGUAGUGAAGAUGGUCCUCUGGAGAAGCAAAUUCAUCGCAGUGAAGAUGGUACUCUGGAGAAGCUAAUUCAUUGUAUUGAAGAUGGUAAUCGGAAGAAGCUAAUUCACCAUAGUCAAGAUGGUACUCUGGAGAACCUAAUGCAUCGUAGUGACGAUGGUAAUCGGGAGAAGCUAAUUCACCAUAGUGGCUGUGAAGACGGUAAUCGGGAGAAACUAAUUCACCGUAGUGACAGUGAAGAUGGUAAUCGGGAGAAGCCAAUUCACCAUAGUGAAUAUGGUAAUGAGGAGAAGCCAAUUCAUCUGAGUGAAAAUGAUGACACACUCGAUAGUCCAGAUGAGCCCAUACACACCUUUGCACCAUGUUCUCCAAAGAGCGCACCAGGUGUCGCAGAGACUUCAUUAGUCUCUGCAGAAAGUACAUCACGUUCUGCUGAGAGCCGCAACGAGAGACUGAAGAAAAUGACUACCGAGAUAUCAAGACUGAAAAAGCUUUUGGCUAAGGAAAGAAGGGAGAAAAGGAAACUUCUUCAACAGCAAAGUAAUCUAGAGGUGAACAUUUCUAAAGUUUUCAACAGAGAUCAGCUUGGUAAACUCAAACAAGCAAGUCCACGAGGAAUUAAAUGGUCUGCUGAAACCAUCAAAAAAGGGCUCCAAUUAAAAGUUGCAUGUGGAGCUACUGGAUACGAGGCGCUCCUCUCUCAAAAUCUGCCAUUGCCAUCAGCAAGGUCAUUGAGAAGAAGACUGCAUGAAAGUAGGAGUGAAGUGCAUCAAAUACACACACAAAAUUGCCCCCAAAUUAUACUUUGACAAAAUAAAAGAACAUUUGUAAGUUUGUCACUAUAGUUAGACUUAUUAUUUUGGUUUAUUUUGUCAGAAAAACUAACAGACUAACCGCAAUUUCUAUAUCAUAUUAGACACUGCAUGAAUCCGCGCACAGCUGCACACAUCCUGGGUACCCAAAAUGGCGCCUGUUGAUUAUUUGACUGAACUCUAGAUACGCUAUGCUUGAACACUACACCGAGAGUAAUUUGGAACGCUACUAGUUAGACCAGGGGUGCCCAAACUUUUUCCACUGUGGGCCAC